AUGUUCAACAGCCGGAACAACGCCCAGAAGCCGGAUGGUGAGUUCAUCAGUCGCUUCCAGCAAGCAUUCUCAGAUAUUGUCCCUCGGCGCAGCGAGAGCCCGCGCAAUGUGAGGGGUGAACCUUCGAUAGCCCCAAGAAUGGCCGAGAACAACGAUGUGAAAAUGGAGAAUCAUGAUCUCAAGUUCCCCAUCACCAACGUCCGCACUCCCCGAAAUAUGCAAGACCUGGGGUUGACGCCCUCAUGGAUGGAAUCCGCUUCAUAUUCAAUGAUGCCUCUUGUCAACCAGCAUUCAGGCUUUUAUACUGCAACUUCUUCUGGAAUGGGUGCAGUGUUCCAUAAUAAGGCUGGCAAUUUGCAUACUCCAACAGGGAUGCACUUGAUGACCCCGCUGGCGGACAUGCCAGCUAUACAAAACCACCAUAGCAAUGGCUUUGAGCCCAUCCACCCGCAGUUCAUAAAUCCAGUCCAUGACGUGAACCAAUACACACAGCAACCGUCAUAUGCACUAAGCGCAUUCAUGCACCGCAACACCGGAUAUGACGCCAUGGAUGAUACUCCCGAUGACUCUGCUCUAAAUGAUGUAAAUGUCGAAACAGCAUCCAACGUGACGGCCUCGACGGAAUUUUCGGCUCAAAUUGGUGGUGACAUGUCCUAUGCCAAGGGCGAACAAUUCCGCUUCAAUGUUUCUCUACGGGCACCAACCGCCAUGGUGAAGAACCUGAGUGAAAUUCCUGUAACCUAUCUCAAUAAGGGCCAAGCAUACAAUAUCUCAGUUAUCGAUAUGAGCCCACCAAUGGUCAACCACGAACCGAUUCGAUAUAGAACAUUUGUCCGCGUUUCCUUCGAAGAGCGAGAACAACGAACGAAACCGUCAACAUGUUGGCAACUAUGGAAGGAAGGCCGAGGUACCACAGAAGCCCAUCAACGGGGCGGAAAAUUAUUAGCUGUUGAAUAUGUGGAUCCAUUACAAGGUGGCAGUGAUGCACACAGGAAUCGACGGGUGCAAGUCGAGAGUAUGUCAGUCGACGGCUUCUGCGUCACGUGGACCGCCAACCCAGCGACCGGCGUAUCGUAUUGCAACAUUCCUGUUCGGUUCAAUUUCCUUUCCACGGAUUUCAGCCACUCAAAAGGUGUGAAGGGAAUUCCUGUCAGACUGUGCGCCAAAACCGAGCUUUUAUCUCCAGGUGAGGAGACAGGUGUAUCGCGCGAUACAGAGCUGUCUUACUGCAAAGUAAAGCUUUUCCGAGAUCACGGCGCUGAGCGGAAGCUGUCCAAUGACGUUGCGCAUGUCAAGAAGACCAUCGAUAAACUUAAGCAGCAAGUCUCCCAGGCAGAAAUGGGUGGUGGAUUUGCGAAGCGCAAGCGUGGAAACAAUGUUUCUGCUACCGCAAAGGGAUCCGACAAUCCUAUGAAGCCUUCGAGCCACAAGCGAACUUGGUCGAUAGACUCGGAAGAUGCUCCUCCAGAGAAAGUCUCCUUGGAGGAUGAUCUUCAAGCCAAGUUGUCUAUGAUGCAAGAUAUGUUCUCAUCUACUCGCGCAGUGAGCAAUUUCGGCUUGCGCGGUGAAAAAAUCGAUGAUCCCGACCUAUAUCCCAUUCGGCUAUCAAGUGAUGGCGAUUCCCCCCAGUAUGGGAAUAUGAGCCGUUCAAGCACACGUGAAUUGGAGUCAAUGAUGCCUUCGCCGCCCAACAGCAAUACCUCUUCUUCGAAUUCGCCGCCUACCCAAGCACUCAGAUUAGAAGAUCGCCCGACCACCAUCCAGAGAAUUCCUUCUGGCGACCAGGUCUCAAGAGGAUUCAUAGAGGCCAUGGGUGUAGACUCAACCUACCGACCUCCGGCGGAACGCCCUCCCAAGCCGAUUGCAUGCUUUUAUAUUCGAUUCACUGUAAAUUCGAAGCGCUCAGAGGACUACUACCGUGCAAUUUAUUUGACAGAACGCACUGUUCGAGACCUCGUGAGGCAAAUUUCUGAGAAAUAUCACAUCGAUCCGAUGCGAAUCUCAAAUAUCAUGCAUACCCAUGAGAAAGACAUGCGAGUCAUAGUUGAUGAUGAUGUGGUCCGCCAUCUUCCAGAGGGUCAAGACAUGAUCGUCGACAUCUCCGAAACACCAGGUCCCAAUGGCAGUGCUUCUGGCACACCCGGGUCUCCCAUGGAGAUCAAAUUAACCUAUUAA